AUGAAUGUUCUGCGACUAAAUGCUAUUUCUCAUAACACCAGUAUCCAUAGGCAAGCCACGACAACCAACGAAGUCAGUACAGUUGCUGCCAAGGCUGUGGGAGAAGCGCAGCCCUUGGGCCGUCUAUGCGAGACGAGGCACUUGGAGCGGCGGCACAUGGAAAGAGACCGGCCUACCAGAACAGGCGCUGGCUCGGCUGGCCACCACUUUUGCGAUGCUACUUCCGCUCGUCAGACACCCUCCGUCGGAGCCACUGAUACAGAGGCCGGAAUCGAAAGUCGCCACGCCAUGACUGGGAACUGGCCGUCUGUGCAUCUGUCUCGGAAACCGCAGCCGAUGCAGCAACAGCAGCAGCAUCAACAACAACAACAACUGGUUCCAGCCGGGUGCUAUCUUGGCACGGAGCGGUCCGAGACUGGCCGCAGCGCCGGGUCG